AAUUUUGAAAGUUCCGUUGGACACAACAGAGUUCAGUCCGGUUACAUCCGUCACGGAUUAUAACAUAAUACUAACUAUUAAAUAUACAAACUACAUUCAUUUUAGGUAAAUAUUCUGGUUCUGGCUGCGGUAUGGAUGAGGAGGAGAGCACUGACCGGCAGCUGCAGAUUGCCAUGCUGUGUCAGAAGCUGGAGAAGAUCAAGAGAUACUACAACGAUGAUGACACAGACAAUAUUAACCAGAUCAUCAGUUCAAAUUCACCAGACACAUGCCAUACGUUUUUGAGUAACCUGGAGAAGAAAGGCAAUCCUCAGACAGAUCCCAGUCUUCUUUCUAAACUAAUUGAUUUCUACACCCGAGUUUUUUCAAGCAUGCCACUAGGAAGAUACAGUCAGAAUGUAAGCUAUGCAAAGAUGCUGGUCAGAUUUGCAGAGCUGAAAGCUAUCCAAGAUGUCGGUGAUGCGCAGGAUAGUUUUGACAUAGCAAGAUCCCACUGCAAGGAUUUUGCCUUUGUCCACAUUGCUUACGCUCAGUUUGAGCUUUUGCAAGGCAAUGAGAAGAAAAGCGCUUUGAUUCUUCAGAAGGCUUUUGAAAUGGGUGCUAAACCAUUAGAAAGCCUGGAAACUGCAAUGCAGAAUCUUAAAUUGGGAAGACAUCGGCUCCUUUCCCAAGAGGAUAAAGAGAACAUAGCAGUGCCGGCUCUUGAAAAUACACACGAACCUGUAAAAAGCGGUUCAGGGUCUAAAAGUGGCUUUGGAAAGUCAGAUACAUCGGGCGAUUUUCAUCUUUCCAGUAAUUUCUCUCUAGGAGCUGAUCAGAAGAACAGUCCACAGGAUGACCAUCUGCCUGUCUGGAGGUCUGGCGUACAACACAAAAGAACAAUUGCCAUGCCUGGAAGGAUUCCCAUGAUCCCCCUGUCUAUUCCUGAAAAUGAGAAUGCUGUUUACAAACAGGAGCCUCCCAGCCAUGGCAGUAGUUUGUCUAGGCCGACAUAUCGCUCAAGUGCCUGCUCAGUGUUCUCGCUCUCCUCUUCAAAGAAGAGUUCUGGAGAUGGAGACUCUUACAACUUGCUAAAUCUGAAGCCACCUGUUGUGAGUCCAGAGCCACGUCCUUGGGAGGACAUUGCUGAAGUGGACUCCACCACUACACUCCUGCACAGACCAGAGAGAAAGGAUGCCACUAGAAUGGAUGACACCACUGGCAAUAUCAACCAGAUAAUUAGUUCGAACUCUCCUGAGGCUUGCUACACAUAUCUCACAAAUCUGGAGAAGACCGGUGACCCUCACACAGAUGCCACUUUUCUCUGCAGGCUGCUGGAUUGCUAUUCUAAAGUCUUCUCCAAACUUCCCUUGGCACGGCAUAGCAAAACUGAAAGCUAUGCUCGAAUGAUGAUCAGAUAUGCUGAGUUGAAAGGAAUUGAAGAUCCGGAUGACGCUGAGGAUAAUUUCAUCAUUGCCAGAACCAAUAGCAAAGCUUUUGCCUUUGUGCAUAUCGCCCAUGCUCAGUUUGAGCACUCACGAGGUAACAUUAAGAAAAGCACUUACAUCCUGCAGAAGGCCUUGGCAUCAAAUGCCAAACCUGUAGAACAUCUCCAGACGGCAAUGAAGAAUUUGAAGUCUGGAAAAGCUCAGCUGCUCCCAACUGAAGAUAAAGAAGAUAUUGCAGACACAGCAGGCACUCACAGUGAUGCAGGAAGAAAGGAAGAAGAGAAUCCACUAAGGGUUUCCACAAAUAAUGUUCAACCCAAACCUAAUUUUAUGGAGAGUUCAUCAGACUGGAAGAUUCCUGCUCGUAUCAACAGAUAUGCAUCUCCAGAGGAACAAAAGCCUGCUGUAGGUCACAUUCCCACUCCAGGGCCUCUUCACUCACUGAGAACUCCCUCUUCAGCAGUACCACCGAGGUUAAAUCCAGCCAUUAGCAUUCAGACACCCAACUACAAAGACACAAGACCAAACAGUUUCGUUACACCUGUGGUGAAGCAGAUACCACCUGUUGUGUCCGUUCCCUCUACGGCUCAGAGAAUCAGCCAUUCUCAGUUACCCUGCACUCCACAGGCUCAGAUCUCCUGCGUGCAGCAGACAUCACAGGGGUCUGUCGGUGCCUUCACCAAUGAGUCCAUCAUAAUCAAAGGCAGACAGUUCUUUAUUUUGAAGAUGAUUGGCAGGGGUGGUUCCAGUAAGGUGUAUCAGGUGCUGGACCAGAAGAAACAGCUGUAUGCGGUGAAAUAUGUAAACCUGGAGGAGGCGGAUGCCCAAACAAUUGAAAGCUACAAGAAUGAGAUUGAGCACUUGAACCAUCUCCAGCAGUACAGUGACCAAAUCAUCAAACUUUAUGACUAUGAGAUCACUGACAGCUAUAUCUACAUGUUGAUGGAGUGUGGCAGCCUGGACCUCAACACCUGGCUACGCAGCCGCAAGACUGUCAACUCACUGGACAGGAAGUUCUACUGGAGGAAUAUGUUGGAGGCAGUGCAGACCAUCCACAAACAUGGUAUAGUCCACAGUGACUUGAAGCCAGCUAAUUUUGUGAUUGUGAAUGCCUCGCUGAAGCUAAUUGACUUUGGCAUAGCCAACCACAUUCAACCAGAUAUGACAAGUGUCGUUAAAGACUCACAGGUGGGAACUCUAAACUACAUGCCCCCAGAAGCCAUAAAAGACACUUCUUCUAAAAGUGGAAAGCCAAAGUCAAAGAUCAGUCCAAAGGGUGAUGUAUGGUCACUUGGUUGUAUCCUGUAUUGCAUGACCUAUGGAAAAACACCUUUUCAACACAUCACCAACCAGAUCACAAAACUACAUGCCAUUAUCGAUCCGUCCCAUGAGAUUGACUUUCCUGACAUUCCUGAAAAGGAUCUUCUAGAUGUCCUUAAGCGUUGUCUGAUCCGGAAUCCAAAGGAAAGGAUCUCCAUUGCAGAACUCCUUGACCAUCCAUACUUACGGCUGCAGCCUCAGAAACCUCCUGAGCAAGAAACAUGCAACAGUGACCUAAAGAGAAUUCUAAAUGAGUUGGCUGCUUUAGAGUCUCCUAACAGUAUUGCAAGAGCUGCUAGUAACCUGGCAAAAAUGUGUAAUAGCGGAAAGAAACUGGACGUUUCUGAGUGUGUCAAGAGUUCAAGUCAGUCCACAUGGAAGUGAAGAGAUCAUCUUAAAUAUGAACAGUUCAUCAUGGUAGUUUGAAAACACAUGCCAGCCACUGCCUUGAAUGUCUUUAAAGUCUUGAGAAAAGACAUUAUUUUGAUACUGGACUUGGCUAAGUAAUUUUUGAGGCAAGACGAUUGUUGGC